AUGAUCGUCUUAAUGGUCAGAGGGUUUCCUGUGAAGACCCUGAUUGAUCGGUCCUGCUUUGAGACAAUUGAUGAUUCUUCUCCUGAAUUCACCAACUUUGCAGCCAUUUUGGAACAGAUUCUGAGUCACCGACUGAAAGAUAAUAGCACUAAUAGAGUUCUCAAAGUUGCCGAUGGCUGUCUCAUCUGCAAAUACCUCUCCAAGGUACUCUAUGUUGGUGAUGUAUCCCACCACCGAGCUGCGCGGGAACAUGGAAUUGACUUACUGGGGAGGGCUAUAAAUGGCCGGUCCCAGGUAACAGUCUUGGAUGUUGUCAUCCAGGUGAUGUAUUGUGGCACUAACAAAACUUCAGCUUGUCAAGUAACCUGCUUUGGUUAUGGAAGUCCUCGUAGCUUCUGGGACUAUAUCAGAGUGGCUUGCCGGAAAGUUUCACAGAACUGUAUCUGCAGCAUUGAAAAUAUGGAACAUGUCAGUUCCUCCAGAGCUAAGAUAUUUCCAUUGGAUUUUCGUAGCAUCCCAGCUGAUUUCAAGUUCAAGAUUGCCUUCUUCCCCUUUAUCCUCUUGACAGCCAACCUGUGCCUGGUUCUUAACCUCUUCCUUUCUCUCUCUCACUGCUGCUUCCUGCACACAAUAGCCCACACACCUCAGGAUGUGAGUGUAAUCAGUGCCGCUCCAUUAGCUGCAAAAGGCGAGCCAUCUAAGCGAAGGUGUCAGAAACAUCUAGAAAAUGCCAAAAAGAUUGGAAUUUAAAAAGCUAUUUCAGCGAACAUUUCUAUGGGCAUUGUCUUCCUGCUAAUAUAUGCAUCAUAUGCACUGACCUUCUGGUAUGGAUCCGCUCUAGUUAUAGCGAAAGAAUACGCUAUUGGAAAUGCAAUUACAGUCUUUUUCUCAGUCCUGAUCGGAGCCUUCAGCAUUGGACAGGCUGCACGUAUAGACGCUUUUGCCAAUGCAAGAGGAGCAGCAUAUGCAAUCUUUGCUAUUAUUGAUAAUGAUCCUAAAAUUGACAGUUUUUCAGAGAGAGGACACAAACCAGACAACAUCAAAGGGAAUUUGGAGUUCAAAGAUGUUCAUUUCUCUUACCCUGCUCAGCCUGAUGUCCAGAUCUUGAAGGGCCUCAACCUGAAGGUAGAGAGCGGGCAGACGGUGGCCCUGGUUGGGAACAGCGGCUGUGGGAAGAGCACAGUAGUCCAGCUGGUGCAGAGGCUGUAUGACCCUGAUGUGGGGAGGAUUAUCAUCGAUGGGCAGGAUAUUAGGACAUUUAAUGCAAAGUAUCUGAGGGAAAUAAUUGGAGUGGUGAGUCAGGAGCCAGUGCUCUUUGCUACCACCAUUGCUGAAAAUAUCCGUUACGGCCGUGGAAAUGUCACCAUGGAUGAAAUAAAGCAAGCUGUGAAGGAAGCCAACGCCUAUGAGUUUAUCAUGAGAUUACCACAGAGGUUUGACACCCUGGUUGGAGAGAGAGGGGUUCAGCUGAGCGGUGGACAGAAGCAGAGAAUCGCCAUCGCCUGGGCCCUGGUUCGCAACCCCAAGAUCCUCCUGCUGGACGAGGCCACCUCAGCGCUGGACACGGAGAGUGAAGCCGAGGUUCAGGCGGCCCUGGAUAAGGCCCAGGAAGGCCGGACCACCAUAGUGAUAGCACACCGACUGUCUACAAUCCGAAAUGCAGAUGUCAUCGCUGGGUUUGACGAUGGAAUCAUUGUGGAGCAAGGAAGCCACAGAGAACUAAUGAAGAAGGAAGGGGUCUACUUCAGGCUUGCAGACACGCAGAUUUCAGGAAACCAGCUCCAGUGAGAAGAAUUUAAAGUCUCUCAUGAAAGGCCUGCCGUGGGUUUGACUCAUCCCAUAGUUAGGCGUUCUCUUCAUAAAAG